GUUUUCACGAGGCAACACAAGAAGAUUAUUUUAAAACUAUAUAGGGCGUCUCAGAAGAAAAGGCCAAUAUUCUAUAGGAGUUCGUUGGUGGUUUCUCCUGAAGUGUCAGUAUUGCGCUUGGCAUCAUACCGUACGGAUUAGUAUUUCUUAAGAAUCCGUUUCGCUCCUACAAUAUUCAAUAUUAAUAUCAAAAAGGCAAACAAAGAGAAUGAGAAUUGCACACGUGACAUAUGGAAGAAAUAUGCACAAUACAAGCUGAAUAUUUUAGUUAUAUUAAUCAAUUUUGAUCUAAAUUCAGAAACGUACAAAAUACGUCAAGAUGACAAUGCUCAAGAGUUUCUUCAGGAGGAUAAGCAAAGAUUUCCAUCAAAAAGAGUUGAUGCCAUUGAAGUUAAUAUUUUUUGUGCAAGCAUCCACACUUUAUGUAUUGUAUCCAUAUUUAACAAUACACAUGAGAGAAUUGGGAAUAAACGUAGAAGAAACUGCGAUAAUGAGUUCCAUUAUUCCUCUUGUAGCUGUAGUGAUGCCGCCGCUUGCCGGUAUGUUAGCUGAUCGAAUAGGAAAUUUCAGAAUUUUGCUAUCGGUUUUUUCCAUAUUUGGAGGAUUUGCGGCGUUAUUAUUGCUACUUGUGCCAACCGGCAGGAUGAUGGUGAAUUUUCCUGAGAAUAUAAUCAUGGAGCUCGGUUGUCAAGAUAAAAGUGAUUCACUAUUAUAUACAAUGAGCCAGACUUAUCCGUGUGAGACGAAAUUAGAUUCGGACAUCGCCAUAAAAAUAGAAAGUUGUGGAUUCACGUGUCACAUGGAAACAGACAACGAAACAGAUCAAAAUUUGAUUCUAAAAUCGAGACUUUAUACCGUCAGACGUUUUAAUUUUCAGACUGGUGAAAAUACUUUGUACAAAUACAUUCCUACGCAGAGUGAUUUGUCAACGAAUGCUAAUCAGCAGGAAGAUAUAAAAGAGCAUCGACAAUUAAGAAAUAAUGAAUUUUUUAAGACUACCAUUCGACGGAUUUCGAAAACUCAUUAUUUUUUCCCAACUGAUCAGCUACUUUCAUUUUCAUGUAUCCCGAAAUGCAUUCAACAUUUUGAUAACUUUACCGAAACAUUGCAUGAAACAUGCAAAAAUCAUACGUUGUGCGCUUUUGAUUAUUUAAUCAAACCAAAGAAUAAUAUCAACCAAACGAUAAAUUAUCAUUUGUAUAAAUCAAAAAUGAAAAAUUUAAAAUUGGAUGAAGAAGAUUUACAACAAGAACGGCAAAGAUACUUGGCAGAGGAAAUAUCUUGGGCAGGAGAUUUUCAAAAGGUUACUUGUGAUAAUUCAGAUUAUAUAAAUGAUGUCACGAUAGAUGUGCAGCUUUAUGAUCACGAUGCAAAUCUAAAAAUAACUAAGCAAGUUCUGAGCAUGAAUAAAUGCAACAAGAAAUGCAUAGUUAUUGUACCUCGCAAAGCAAUAUGCUCUAACAUGAAUACAGAAAUUGAAUAUAAUAUAAGUUUGACGUUCUGGCUUUAUCUCAUCAUUAGAGUAUUCAUAGGUAUUAUUGGUGGUACAACGUUUGCUAUGUUUGAAGGUGCUGUUAUAGCAAUAUUACGAGAGCAGAAGGCAGAUUAUGGUCUUCAAAGAAUUUAUGGUAGUAUAGGAGGCAUGAUUUCCUCACCUUUAUCAGGUCUUCUCAUAGAUUAUGCCAGCAGAGAUAAAGGAUAUACUGAUUUUAGGCCAGCAUUCUAUUUAUAUGCUGCAUUGAAACUUGUAUCAGGUGUUCUUAUGUUGCUGAUUAAUUUAGAAUUUAAAGCACCUGCUAGGAAUGUUGUACGAGAUGUCUUCAUUGUUCUGAGAAACAUUGAAACUGCUGCACUUUUUUUUGCUUGCUUUGUUCUUGGUACUGCUUGGGGAUAUAUCGAGUCAUUCCUCUUCUGGUUGAUACAAGACUUGGGAGGAUCUAGCUCACUUAUGGGUAUCACUGUGACUGUCGGAGGUUUAGCUGGCAUACCAUUAUUGGCGCUUUCGGGACCAAUAAUAUCAAAGAUUGGCCACGCAAAUGUGCUUUUUAUAGGAUUUGUAUUUUAUGCUGUCAGACUUUGUGGUUAUUCGUUAGUUUAUGAUCCUUGGCUGACUCUAAUCUUCGAGGCAUUGGAAUCAGUUACGUCAUCUCUUAGUUUCACUGCAGCCGUUACUUAUGCGGCAAAAUUAUCGACUAUAACUACCGACAGCUCGAUACAAGGAUUACUUGGCGGUGUUUAUUAUGGAGUUGGCAAAGGUUCUGGAAGCUUGAUCGGUGGUUAUCUCAUGAAAGCUUUUGGUACUAGACCGACCUAUCAAAUUUUUGCUGUGAUAACUUUGGUAACUGGCAUAAUAUAUUUAAUAUUUAAUAUCACUUAUCUGAAAAAGCAAUCUCAGUUCGAAGGCAACGACAUUGUAAAGAAAAAAAAUAUUGAUGUACAAAAUAAUUUUGAUAAGCAUGCAAAUGAUAUCAGGCUCGAUGAAAAACCACAAGGACGAAUAAAGGAGAACAAGAAAAUGGAAAAUAAUGGUUUAGAUAAUGAAGGAUUUUUAAAGGAAAUACAAGAUAAUAAUGUCCAACAAAACAAAUGAACAUAAUUUGUAGAUUAUGAAAUGUUUCUAAAGAUUUUAGAAACACUAAAACCUAGUUAGUGAAAUUGAAUAAAAUACAAUUAAAAAACUUGAAAACAAUUCAAAUCUUUUUUAAAUUUUAUUUAUGUAAUAAGCUUUUCCGUAUAUUAUGCUAAAUAAAUAAAUAAGCAAAUAAACAAAGCUAUUAAGUAAAAGCUGAAAAUGAAAUAUAAAAAAUAAUUAUUUUAUUAAUUCAAACUUUAAAACAAGCAGACAAAAAAAAUAGAUUUAUAAAUCAAGCGUAUUCCUAGCUUAACGGUGGUUAGAAUUAAAAAAUUG